GUGCAGAUCGAGGUGCUCUUCCCGGGCGACGAGGAGACGUACCCGCAGAUCGGCGACGUCGUCCGGUGCCACUACGUCUGCAAGCUCCACGACGGCGGCAAGGAGAUCGAGAACACGCGCAAGUCGAAGCGCACCUUCGAGUUCGUGCUGGGCAUCGGCCAGGUCAUCCGCGGCUGGGACCGGGGCGUGCUCCAGAUGUCCUUCGGCGAGCGGUCGAAGCUGACGAUCUCGCCCGAGUACGGCUACGGCUCCGACGGCGUCAAGCCGCUCAUCCCGCCCAACGCGAAGCUCAUCUUCGACCUCGAGCUGCUGCGC